AUGUCCACCCAAUCUGUUCAAACUUUUGGUAAGAAGAAGACCGCUACUGCCGUUGCCCACGUCAAGGCCGGUAAGGGUUUAAUCAAAAUCAACGGUGCCCCAAUCACCUUGGUCCAACCAGAAAUCUUAAGAUUCAAAGUUUACGAACCAUUGACCUUAGUCGGUGUUGAAAAGUUCCAAAAUAUUGAUAUCAGAGUCAAGGUCACCGGUGGUGGUCACGUUUCUCAAGUUUACGCCAUCAGACAAGCUAUUGCUAAGGGUUUGAUUGCUUACCACCAAAAAUACGUCGACGAAGCUUCCAAGAACGAAUUGAAGAAGAUCUUCGCUUCUUACGACAAGACCUUGUUGGUUGCUGACUCCAGAAGAAUGGAACCAAAGAAGUUCGGUGGUCGUGGUGCCAGAGCCAGAUUCCAAAAGUCUUACCGUUAGAAGAGCUAUCAUAUUAUUACAACAUCGAUCCGUUCGUUGCAUAUACUAUAUUAUUCUACAGAUCAUGAAUAUUGUUUAUUAGGUACUCGAGGUUUAUUAAUAUCUUAACUUUUUUAAUACAACGUCAAAAAUACAAAUUUAUCAAAUUUG